AAGCCCUUAAAGGGGCGGCGACCUCGCGGCUUCGGAAGGAGUCGGCGGAGCUGCUGCAGGUGAGGAUGGAGGCGGCGGGAGCGCGGCUGCACGUGUGAAUGGCUGAAUGCAUGAAGACCAUGUCGGAAAAGAUCCUUGUGACAGGUGGAGCUGGCUAUAUAGGGAGCCACUGUGUUCUGGAACUGGUUGAGGCUGGCUAUACCCCGGUAGUUAUAGAUAACUUCCACAAUGCCAUCCGAGGAGAAAAUAUGGUCCCAGAGAGUAUUCAGCGUGUGAUGGAGAUUGUAGGGAAGAAGAUCCCAUUCCAAGAACUGGAUGUUCUUGACGAGAGAGCCCUUCAGGAGCUCUUCAAAAAGCAUCGCUUUUCUGCAGUGAUACAUUUUGCGGGUCUUAAAGCCGUUGGAGAGUCAGUCCAGAUGCCACUGGAAUAUUACAAGGUGAAUCUGACAGGGACCAUCCGAUUGCUAGAGACCAUGAAAGCCCACGGAGUCAGGAACAUUGUCUUCAGCAGUUCAGCCACAGUCUAUGGAGACCCCGUUUACCUCCCUCUUGACGAGAAGCACCCGGUCGGCAGCUGCACCAACCCCUAUGGCAAAUCCAAGUACUUCAUUGAAGAGAUGAUCCAAGAUUUGUGCAAGGCGGAACCAGAGUGGAACGCUGUUCUCUUGCGAUAUUUUAACCCUAUUGGAGCUCAUAAGUCUGGAAAAAUUGGAGAAGAUCCCCAGGGCAUCCCAAACAAUUUGAUGCCUUAUGUUGCCCAGGUGGCUGUGGGGCGUAGAGAGCAUCUGAACAUCUUUGGGAAUGAUUAUGACACAGUGGAUGGGACAGGCAUUCGGGAUUAUAUCCAUGUAACUGAUCUGGCGAAGGGCCAUAUUGCAGCCUUGCAGAAGCUCAAGGAGAACUGCGGAUGCAAGAUUUACAACCUUGGGACUGGUGUUGGCUACUCGGUCUUGCAGAUGGUCAAAGCCAUGGAGAAGGCAUCUGGAAGACAGAUAAACUACAAGAUUGUUGAACGCCGAGAAGGGGACGUAGCCUCCUGUUAUGCAAACCCUGGCUUAGCUGACCGGGAGCUGGGUUGGAAAGCUAUCUUUGGCCUGGACAAAAUGUGUGAGGACUUAUGGCGGUGGCAGUCACAGAAUCCCACCGGUUUCAGCAAGAACUAGGAGACGGAAGAUGUUGGCUGUUCUUCCCACGUACAACCACUAGCACAUGGGUGCAGACCCAAGGGCUAACUAGUUUUGAAAAAGGAAGAUGGCCCAUGCUCAUUUCUUCUUUCCUUUUUGGAGCCGACUGAUCACACCAAGAGGAUGUCCUUGCCUUCUUAAGUGACCUGUUCUCUUCUCCUCACCAGAAACUCAAGAGUCUUUUUAUUGGCUGAGGCGAUGUGGUUUUUUUUUUUACUGAAUGAGCAGCAGGACAACUAGCUGGAUAUCACCGGAAGACAAAAUCCAAAUGUUUCCCUAGAGCCGGGUUGGCUCUGAGGGAAUUUAAUCCACAACCCUUUGGGGUUUUUUGGCUUCAAGAGGGUUAAGAGAGCAAGAUUUCAGCGACCGGAUUCUUUCAUUUGAGCGGAAGAGCCAGGAUACCUAAGUGGUCAAAAAACUAAGCCUUCUGAAGGUGGUGAAGUGGGUUUUGUCAUUAUCUCCAUUUCUUUUUCUAAAUUAUAAACUCUACACUUUUUGGGGGAGGGAACAAAAUAAUAGUAAUGGAAGCAUCUCUUUAAGCUGCAUAAAGCUGUAAUUUUUAACGUUCCUCAGUCUAUAGUCCAAAGCCUGUUGGGCUGCUUGAUCUCUAAAACAAGACAUCACGGAUUCUUAGUGAAGCUUUUAGUUCUUCUGGAUAGUGAUAUAACUAAAGGUUCUACAAUGCAGUGAUGUUUCUAACAUCUUGAAAAGAGAUGCUCCCACUAAUAGCUUUCUUUUAAGAUUGUAAAUUGAGAAAAAGCAGAAGAGCGUAAUCGUCUGCCAGCAAUGUAGGUAAACAGUAUAGUCAUCGAGUUAUGACCAUAAUGGAGCCUCUCAUCAGUUAUAAUUUUUGACAGUCAUAAAGCAUCAAUUUUACUACCUUUUUUGUGGUGGUGGUGAAGUAAACAUUGUGGUCCUUAGGUGGACCAAUAGUUCAGUACGGGCACAGUUUUGCUGAAAGCCAUCAUGAAAUGCGGUCAUGUGAUGGACAUUGCACGUGGCUAUAAAUGAGGCCCAGGACAUUGCAGGUGCCCAUAAAUGUGGCCUGGUUGCUGAGCACUUGAAGUACAGUCACAUGACUGGGGGAGGGAUAAAUCAUAACUUCAAGUCCAGGUCGGAAGUACAAGAUAAUUCCAGUGCUCAUUGCUGUGAAAGUAUCUGGUAUCUAAAUAUAAGACUAGACAGGUGUGCUCUUUAAAAUAUUUGCAGUAGAAUUGCUUUUGCCCACUUCCGUUUUUUGAAUUAAGGACCAUCAAUGUCCUUCUAAGGCAGGGCCGUCAAGCUCCCGGCCCAUGGGCCAGACUGGACACAUGCUGGCCAUGCCCAUGCCCGGUUUAGCGAAAGGGGAAAAAAUCCCGAUAAGUCACGGGACGUAGCCAUGACGAUGUGAGUUUGACACCCCUGUUCUAACGCAAAUCACUACCUCUUUUCUUGGCUGUAUAAAUGACCAUUAGGCAGGUUGAAGCCUAAUACAGGUUAGUUUUGAUACACUGAAAAUAAUCUAAACCCACCUCCCAUCUCGUUUCCAAUGGAAGCCACUAUUUUAGGCUCUGGAUCAAUGACCAUCUGUUUACAAACAGCAUUUCAUGCAGCAUAAGGAAUCUUGCUCCAUCUGGUUAGCAUUUUUGUUUAGCUUCUUAUGCCAAUUUGAGUUUACAGCUUAAGAGCAAAUUUUAUUUUAAUUUUUAUACUGCAAACAACUUGGUCAAAAUCCUGGUAUGGUGAUCAUGAUUAUCCACUAGGGAAAUGAUUAGAUUGCCUUCAGGGUUCCUUCCAACCCAAACAUUCUUGAAUAUCCAGUGAAAUUUCAGCCUUUGUGUUAAUCCAGAAGAGCAAAUGACAGACACUUGUGGAAUCUGCAAGGGGCAAGAUGGAACAGCUCUAUCUGCUUGGCCAUAAAUUAUCUUCUUUUGCAUUCCUGUUCCAUUCCUCCAUUAGAAGCUACUUUGAUUUUUUAUUAUUAUUAGCAAGCAUGGACUGGUUCUUUCUUCUUCUUAACCUUUAUGGUUAUGUUUUCUGUCUUCCAGACAGGUAAUCUAGGAUUUCUGCCCACUCCCUGGCCAGUAAUUCACAAGUGAUUUUUGAAAUCUCUGUUUUUCCCCUAAUGUUAGCCUUGUGAGUAUAGGCAUUUGGAGAACAACUCUUGAAAGAGAUUUAAAUGGUUUUCAAGGGUCAGGACAUCAAUGUUAUAUAAUUAAUAUUAAUGGGCACAUAGAUUAAAAAACCCUUUCUGGAUGCUUCAAGAGUAGGGGUGGGCAACCUUUUUAGAGCCAUGAGAGUUUCCCUUCAAAAAUUUAAAAAAUGGUUUCAGGGGCCAUCUUUAUUUUUGAAGAUGGCGAUGUAGUGAUAUUCCUGGAAAAGGAGGAAAACAACGAGCUUUUUUACUAUGUUUUACUAAAGCAGGGGUCUCCAACCUUGGCAACUUUAAGACUUGUGGACUUCAACUCCCAGAAUUGAGUUGAAAUCUACAAGUCUUAAAGUUGCCAAGGUUGGAGAUCCCUGUACUAAAGCAUGCGCAUUAUUUAUUCAAUAGCCUCUGCCACCCUCCACCAUCUCUUUUGCUGGAACAACUCUUAGAAUUGCUAUUUCGCAGGCCACAGAGGAUGGACUUUGGUGAACUGUGCACCAAGCUAUGUUCUGUCUCUGUUAGGAAGCAAACAGCAAGAAUAAAAAAAUGCCAUGAACAACUCCCCCACGCUAAAGGUACGCUUACAGAUUUGCACUAAAAUGCUUUUAAGGAAAUCUUUAUCACAAAAAUGCCUAGCCACUCAACCUACUACAGUACAACCAACACAAGCUAUGAAAAGGAUAGGCCUGUGAAAUAUCAAAAACAUCUCAGGAACAGCCAACAGACUAUUACAACCACAAGGCACACAAAUCAAUCAAGCUCUCCAAAACCUCUUAAGUAAACUAAAAGACCCAGCUACAACUUGUCUGAGACAGAGAAGUAUAAGAAUAGGAGAGCAAUGCCAACUAGUAAUCAGAUGACACAAUGGAAACCCCUUAAUCUCACAACACAUGGACAGAUCUAUCAGUUUCAACUAAGAAACAAUGAGCAUUCCAGAUCAAGUCAAAUCUAAAAAUGCUAGAGAAUUCCUGGAAGCUUAGCAUUCAGAUAAAUCAGCCAUCAAUAGACACAUAGAGACAAACCACAUUUACACCCCAUUCAAAAGAUACAAUAAAAAAGCUAAGAAGGAAACAAAAUAUCAGAACACAUCCUCUCUAGCAGGCUACACCCAGGUAAACAGGGAUCAGCAUCAGACAAACUAUCAAGCAGAAAACUAUACAUUAAUCAA